AUGGAUUACGACCGUGUUGUCGACAACCUUCUUAAUGCUCUCGCUACGGUAUUGGGAUGGGUUGUUAUGAUCGGCCUUGUGUUAUUGAUUGUACUGGUUCUUGGUGGUGGUGGCUUUGCUCUUGCCGAUUUUGUUGUUGAGUAUGCAGAAGAAAAGUGUGAGCAGCCGCUGAAGGGUAUCCUUAUUGUUCUAGGAUAUAUUAUUGCACUACUGCCAAUCGCGGAUAUGGCUGCGCUGUUGAUCUGGGCAUUUACACACUGA